UCAACGCUUCGGAAUGGAGGACGGGUGCAUUUUAUGUGGCCUCUGGGAUUGCCUCAAUAUUCCUUUCCUCGUUUCCCCGUUUUGAUCACACAUGGGUAACCGUAGGGCAACAGUUUCGCUAUUUUUUUUUUUUUACCUUUUGGAGCAGCAGCUACAAUUCAUGUUUUAUUAAAAAACUACAUUUAUUUGUUGUAUGCGCCGGUUCAACCAACGUGCAUGCAUGUUUACUUUGAAUAUUUGCAAUUUUUGUUUGACGUUUGCUUAACUUGUUCGCCAGUUGUCGAAUGUAAAUUGAUUGUUCGCUGAUUUUUUGAAAUUCGUAAUCACUUUCAAUAUUUUACGAGACCGUAUCAAUAUUUUCAUUAUAUACUAUAUUUCUCCGUGUUGCUUUGUUUGUGUUUCCCCUGCUGGUUGAGAACGGAAUUCAGUGCAAAAUUUGUCAUCUCAUCAUCGAGCGAGAUCAAAAUAAGUUUUAUAAUUUUCAAAAUUCUAACGAUUCGGCAUCAGUAAAAGAUGGCCACUGUGGGCUUUUUGGGUCGCCGCAGGAUUAUCGACUAUUGUCGACGUCUCUUGAGUACGGAUUUGGUCACGGCUCUCCGUCCGUUUUACCAGGCCAUCCAGACGGAUCGCCUGUCCCAUAGUCCGGCUGAGAUGCGUGUGAACGAGGAGUCACUGCGUCUGCUCAGCUCCCAUCUGGAGUCCCUGACGGGCAGCUCGGGCAGUUGCCUCCCCCCCGACGGCCAGCUGGAGUUCUAUAUGUCCUCGGGUCCGGAGGAGGCCGGCGGACAGGCGGUCAGUCGCCUGGUGCGGGUGCAGGUGGACCGCAGUCUGCUGGAUCCCCGAGCGGUGAUUAGGAAUAUCCUGCGCUCCUGCAAGCUUCUUCCCAAGGAGCAGGAACCGGAAGAGGAGAUGGUAAAGGAACUGGAAAAGGUGCUCACCAAGAAGAAAUCUAAGCCAAGCAGGGAGAGAGUGAGACCACCGCAAUCGCCGGGGCAGAGGAACUUCUACGCUCUGAAGGAGCUCUUCAAGGACUCCCAGCAGCAGCAGCAGCAGGAGCACUCCCUGGACACCUGGGUGCGGCAAGCCGUGGCCCGUUCCCAGGAGGCCGAGGCCACCUCGCUUCGCUCCAAGAUUGAGGCACUCGAAGGCUCGCUGCUCCAGUCGCUGGGCAUCCGGGGAACCCGCUACGACUGUGGAUGCAACAUGGUGCGCUACCACGAUUGCCUGCGGAGUCUCCAGGAGUUGUCGCAGGAUCAAGUAAACGCCAACCAGCUGGCAGCUCUGAGGAAUCGUUUCGUGGCCUUCGCACCGUACACUGGCAUCAGUUUGGAGGGCGAUGUGAUGCUCUUCUCCGGCGACUCCUCCGCCGGAUGGCUCUCCUUUCUGUCCGAGAUGCGUUUGCACGAGGAGCAACUGAAGUUGGUUCCUCUCUAUGAGAAGGCCCUGUCCGCCGUGCUCCUGGGGAUCCGGAUAGAGAGGCGCAAGGUUCCCGAUCCGGGCUGUGAGGCUCGGGCCUACGCCGGAAGUUUAAAGCGGGUGAUUCGGGCGGUCACCGAGCACCUAAAGCUGGAGGAGAGUGUCCAGGACCUGCCGGCCACCCUGCAGGAUCACCAGUUGGCCAUCGUGCCCGAUUGCGAUGCUCCGAAGGUCAGCCAGACGGGUCUGUUCCUGGCCCCCGCCUCCUGUUCCGGACCCGAUCUCGUGGAGUUCAUCUGCCGCAAUCUGGACGUGGCCAGCGGAAGAUUCAGCCGCUAUCGGCGGGACAUCCAAGUGGAGCGGCAGUUGUGCAGACAGUGCCAGGAGGAACUCGGCCUGCAGCGACUCAGCAAAGAUGACUCCGUGACGCCGGACAAGAUGGUCAUGGCCCUGCGGCACCUGCUCCAAAGUGGCAUCAAGUCCUGUCGCGGGCUCAGCUUACACGUGACCAACUACUGGUCGGUGCCCACGGACGGCAUCGUCUGCAUCCCCUGGGACUUUAUGUCCCGGAAACAAUAGGUUUUCCUUUUAUGUACGAGCUGCUUACCUCCUAAAUUCAUGAAUAGACUAAACAUUUCUGGUGUAGAAUGGCCAUUUAAA